CGGACCGCUUGGCCGCCGCCGACGCACACGGCAACCCAGUCAGUGGUGCAGACCCUACUCUUCCGUAGGCUGUAAACGUCCACGAUAGCCUAACUCAGCGGAGGUUCGGCAAUGGACGCGAAGCUACGACGGACGAGAGGCACAAUGCCCAAGCCUCCGGGCCGACAAACGUAUCAUUCUUCCGUCGUUUGGGGAAUGCUGUCCAUUCUGGGCCUCGCUUUUUGCUGGGUCAAUGCCUUGUAUCUUCUUCGUUUGGUAGAACAAACCUCGACUGACCUGCAAGCGUCGGAAGUGAUCGUCCACGCAGCAAGGGCGAACGCUAGCGUGUUGUUCGAACCCAACCAACUACCGCACGACCAUACAUUGAUACACCCCGACAAGGCCCCAAUCCUGAAUCUGUUGCAAGAAGCUGGUCUGGACGUGCGCACCCUGUCGUCCGAAAUCGUGGCAUCCAUCCCGUCCUGGUCACAAGUCACGGCACUGUACGGGCACCAACCCCGCAUCUACGGGAUGGAUCAAGGCGUCUGCGACGCCUUUCAACAAUCUUCCAACCCCGCCGAACAUUUCUUGGGCGUUGCGGGAACAUUCAACACGGGGACAAAUCUCUUGGCCGCGCUCUUGAUUCAAAAUUGCCACCUUCCCGCCCGCAUAAAAGUUCACGGCCCUGGAUCCCCCGGCAUACGGUGGCAGGUGCCUUGGGGUAAGCACACGCCGGUGGACGAUGAAGAUUUUCGACAACGGCACAAAGCGGCUCACGACCAAGACCUCGAGGCGGACAAUGUCUUGGCUGCCGUCGCGAUUCGGGAUCCCGCCGUCUGGAUGGCUUCCAUGUGUCGACAUCCGUACGCCAUGCGAUGGCAGCUAACUGCAAGGAAGGAUACCAACGGUACCAUACACUGUCCACAUUUCGUGAUGGAGGAAACGGACGGAACCAACCACUCGGUCCCGGUUCAUGUGCGGUACUCCAAUUUCACUCGGCAUUACGAAAGCAUGGUCCAUCAUUGGAACGAAUGGUACGGUGCGUACCUCGACGUGUCCUGGCCGAGAUUGCUCCUACGAUUCGAAGACUUGAUUUUCCAUCCCAGGCAAGUGACCCAGAAGGUCUGUGAAUGCGCCGGUGGCAAACUUAAUAGUGGACCAUUCCGCUACAUGGUGGAGUCGGCCAAAAAGGGCGCAGUUCACGGAACGAAAAAGACUAACUAUGUCGACGCCAUUGUACGCUACGGAACCUCGAACCAUCACUGGAAAGGCAUGAGCAGAGCCGACCUUGCUUACGUCAAACAGCAUCUUGAUCCUAGGCUAAUGCAAAUCUUUGGCUACUCGUAUCCAACCCAACCAGAUAUGUGACUUCUAUUGCUUCACCCCUUUUGGUUGUUCAAACGAUUCAACGUGGAGCCAUGGGAAUGGCAACCACAAAGAAGGAGGAGUGAUUGGUAUUCUUCCGUUUUUCAAUACUUUUUCUACAUGAGGUCCAACGGCAGCCCACGCAUCAAGCCAUGUCGAGUCAUCUAUGUCCCACAGCGGGGUAGCCCCACGGUACAUUACAAGUUGAACCUGCUACCAAGGAGUGUUGCCGGCCAAGAAUCUUUCAGCAGUUUCCAUUUACGGCUCUGGAUCCACAUCUAGUAAAUGGAGCAAAGUAGGGUGUUGCAUCGGUGUCAGGUGUCUCGAAAUAAGGUGUCCGUAGUUUUCCAUACUGCUACCGGCUGUAUGCGAGUGCAAAUCUCUCCAAAACAGCCACU